AUGGGGAACGAGGCCAGUAUGGAAGGGGAAGGACAGGCGGGACAGCCCGGCCCCGCAGUCCCUGCAGCGGGGGCUCCGGCUUCCAUUUCAGCACCACCGGACUCUGGACAGCUCAUCAAGCCCAGCAAUGGAGCGCCUGCCGGAGGAAGUGGGGCUGGACCCGGGCCGGGGAUUAACAGACCAACUCAGUCAGACCCUGGACCGAAAGCAGGAGUCCAGAGUGGUCACGGGACAGGGGACAGGUUGGCCUCCCACGACACCCGACAGCAAGCUGCGCCUCAAGGAGAGCAGGGCCAGGGCCAUGUGGCCAGGAAGAGUCUGCAUGUGGAUGUGGGAAGUAGCAGGACUGGGAGGUCCCCCUCUGUGUCGCCUGACCGAGGCAGUGUACCCACCUCCCCUUACUCUGUGCCACAAAUUGCUCCCAUGCCCAGCAGCAAGCUGUGCCCCGUCUGCAAAACCACCGAUCUGAUGGGCACUGGGGACGACAAGCCUAACUCCAACACCUGCACACAGUGCCGCUCCAUGGUGUGCACCCAGUGUGGCUUCAACCCCAACCCUCACCUCACAGAGGUUCAGGAGUGGCUAUGUCUGAACUGUCAGAUGCAGAGAGCGUUGGGGAUGGACAUGACCACACCACGCUCCAAGAGUCAGCAACAAAUACAUUCUCCUUCUCAUGCAGCCAAACCCGAACUUAAACCUGAUGAUUCGAGUCAGCCCGCACCCCAGACACAGCCCCCUCCUCAGAUGCAGACUCCAGCAGCGCCUGGCUCUACCCAACAGGCUGGUCCAGCUGGCCCAGGUCAGCACCAAAUAAAGCUCCCUCCGGGGGCAGUCGCUCUCCCCGGCAUGGCCAAAGCCCCGUCCCAGCCUGAUCUAUCCCGGAAUUCUCCCGCCCACCAACCACAGCCAGCCCGCCACGACCAGACUCGAAGUGCGGGGAGCUCUCCUUCACGGCAGCCCCCACCUCCAGAGCAGACAUUUGGGAAGCUGUUUGGCUUUGGUGCUUCUCUUCUUAACCAGGCCAGCACCCUCAUAUCUGAGACUACUCAACCACAACAACAGCCCCCCAAAACGGCCCCCAAACCAGGAGGACCUCCUGGUCCGGGGCCUGGGGCUGGUAAACCCCCAGGAUCUCAGCCUGCACAACCAGGGCCUCGAGCCCACGCUCAGCAGCAACAACAACACGCACCCCCGGACUCCGCUCACCCCAAAGCUUGUUGUCCUCUCUGCAAGACUAACCUCAAUAUCGGCAACACAGCCGAACAGCCGAACUACAACACCUGCACACAGUGCCACCACCAAGUGUGCAAUAUGUGCGGCUUCAACCCUACUCCACACCUAGUCGAGAAGAAAGAAUGGCUGUGCUUGAACUGCCAGACGCAGAGGGCUCUGUCAGGAAGUUUGGGCGAUGUUGCAGCUCCUGUUGUACAGCCCUUGGGAUCCCCCCGGCCACCUGCUACAGCCAAUCAACAACCACCUCAGCAGAAAGGGCCAAAUCAGCUUUUAGGGCCUAGGCCCACAGGUCCUCAACAACAACCAUCGGGUCCCCAAGUAAGUGGCCCUGUCUCAUCUGUGAAACAUGUUGGGCCUGCCCCUCAUACGAAGGGGCCCAGCCAACCUUCCCCUCAAACCAAGGGCUCUGCCCAACCUAUUCCUCAAACUAAAGGUUCAACGAAACCACCUUCCCAAACUAAGGGUUCAUCCCAACCCUUAGCUCCGAGUAAGGGACCUCAAAGUAAAGGUCCUAAUCAAUCAAAUGCUCAGAGUAAGGGACCUGUUCAGCCUUCUAACCAAAUGAAGGGCCAGUGUCAGGCCAAAGGGCCCACUCAGACAAAAGGAUCUGCUCAGCCCUCUGCUCAGACGAGGGGUCCUUCUCAUCCUGCUGGUGCCAAGGCCACCCCUGGUAAAGCCACACCCAACCAUGCCAAGGCCUCUCCCACCCCAUCAAAGACAGCACCUACUCAGUCUAAAUCCACAGGUAACAACCAGGCCCGCAAACAGCCGCAGUGCCAGGAGAAGUCUAAAAUCGCAUCUAAAUCUCUAAAAGAAGACGUCAAGGCCUCACCAAAGAAGACACAGUCAGAGACUAUCACUUCACCAAAAGACAUGAAGAUAGCUGAAGAUACACAGAAGUCAAGACACCAUGAAGAAAACAACAAAUCAAGUACACAGAGUCUAAGUGACACUGGAUACUCCUCAGAUGGGGUUUCAAGCUCUCAUGGGGAGAUUACAGGACAGAUCCGGGAAGAUGGAAUCCAGCUCAGUGCAAAAGGUGCAUCCAUGACUUCGGAAAUCACCAAGCUAGAGAGCUCUAUGAAGCCUCUACUAGAGUCCAAGACGUCCGACCAGAAACACAGGCCACAUUCACUGUCUGUAGGACAAGGCCGGGAAUACAAUCUUGAUGACGAUGCAGCAAGGGAUGAAUCAGAGGAUGACCUCAGUUGUAAGCUUCGGCAUGAUUAUGUGGAGGACAGCAGCGAAAGUGGUUUGUCACCAUUACCAGUAAGACAAAAGAAGUCAAAUAAAGAUUUAACAGAUGAGGAAUUCAUGAGAAGGCAAAUUAUGGAGAUGAGUGAGGAUGAAGAGGAGAUGGAAGAUCACGGAAACCAGAAGACUAAAAGGGGACAUAAAACUGGUGGGGAUUUAAGCAAGGAGAGACGACGACUCUCUCACCAGUCUAAUAGUUUUGAGGAGGACACCAAGGCAACAGAGGCUAAUGAAGAGGAAGAUGUUGUAAUGGUCGGUGGCCUUCGGCGUUUUAAGACCAUUGAGUUGAAUAACACAAACAGCUACAACCGAGACAUGGAGCUCGGCACUGAACAUGACCUACGAGAACCAGAGCUAGAGAUGGAAAGUUUGACUGGUUCUCCGGAAGAGCGGUCCAAGGGAGAAUAUUCAUCCACUCUACCUGCCACCACACCCAGCUACACAUCUGGAACAUCCCCGACAUCUGUAUCUUCCAUGGAGGAUGACAGUGACAGCAGCCCUAGUCGUAGGGCAAGACUAGAGGAAGCAAAGCAGCAGAGGAAGGCUCGACAUCGAUCCCAUGGGCCACUGCUGCCCACAAUCGAAGACUCAUCUGAAGAGGAUGAGCUGAGAGAGGAGGAAGAACUACUUCGUGAACAGGAGCAGAUGAGAGAUCUAGAGCAACAGAGGAUACGAAGUACUGCUCGAAAAACAAAAAGGGAUAAGGAGGAGCUACGGGCACAGAGACGCAGGGAAAGAUCUAAAACUCCCCCCAGUAAUCUCUCUCCUAUUGAGGAUGCAUCGCCAACAGAGGAGCUGAGGCAGGCUGCAGAGAUGGAGGAGCUUCACAGAUCAUCAUGUUCCGAAUACUCACCAUCGAUAGAUUCAGAGGCAGAGGGCUUUGAGAUGAUUGGUGGAAAGCUUUACAAAUCAGCAAGUGAAUAUAACCUUCCAACCUUUACAUCACUUUACUCCCCUACAGCACCAUCUGAUAAAACUCUAAAAAGUGCAGACGAGGUUUAUGAGGAGAUGAUGAAGAAAGCACAGUUAAUGCAGAGGCAGAAAGGUGCCUCUCAGCCUGACAGUAAACACAAUCUUGAAGCAGGAACUGCCUUGACCCCUGGCUCAAGCCCAACGCAGAUAUCUGCACCUAUGACCUUCUCCAGUGAUCCAAGAAUUACAGGAAUUCAUGCAGCACAGCAUCUAUCAAAAGAAACGCAAAAUAGGAUGAUGACACAGAGUGCCAAAAUUGAAGGUGUUGUUGGAGUUGCCACAACCAAAGCCCAAGUCAGUCAGACUGCCACAACUCAACAGGAAGGUAGCACAGGGCCUGCUGGCAACAGAGCAGGCUCCCAGAGGCCAACACAGGCAUCCCCUGACCCUGGAGCAUCCUCCCUUACAUCCAAAGUCUUCUCCCUUUUCAAAGGUCCCAGCCCCCCGGUCUCCCCCAAUGAUUCUCCAGCACAAAGCCCGACGCAUAAGCCAUCUGUGAGAUCCACUGGUGUAAGUGGCAAGCAGAUGCCAUCUUUGCCUAGCGGUCCUGUAUCAGAUACAGCAUCUCAUGGAGCUCAGGCACCACAAAGGGCAGUUUCACCACGCCUUUCACGGCAACAGUCCUCUCGAGAUUCGCCAGUGAUGGUGAUAACUCUAGGGUCAGAAACAACCAGUCCAGCCAAGCCACUCACUGUAAAUUCUUCCACUUCUCCUUUGUUAUCACAAACACAGGUCAAUUGCAAAACCUUGUAUAGCUCCCACCCCCCUUUAACAAGUUCCCCAACAUCCCCACAAAUGUAUCCAUCACAACAGUCGCUUAAACAUUCUUCACAGAUGGCUAAGAAUUUUGAAAAAGUUAAUGUUGGUAUUGGCACUGGGACCUCAACUGCACAUAGUCGUGGAUCAAUGGAAAACAUUUCUCAGGUUCAAACACAUCCAAGCUCUAACGUGGUGGACCUGAGAGCCCCAAUGAGGCCUGCUCCAAUUAUAAUGACAGAUCAGGGAAUGGAUUUAACAUCUCUUGCCACUGAUGCAAGGAGAUACUCUUUAGGAGCAGAGCAGCCAUCUGGCCGACACACAGCAGUGCAACCUCUUAUCAUGAACUUGAAUGCACAAGAGCAACCGUACAUAUCUGUAUCAACACCGACUACAGUUAGCAUCACAGUUGCAGGUUCUAUGUUCAUGUCCCAACCCAAGCAAUUAGUUGUGUAUGGAGAUCCUUUGCAAAACCGUAUGGAUUUGGGGCAAGGUGUUGGAUCAGCUGUGUGUUUAACCCAGAGCAAGCCUCCAAUUUCUGACCCAUCUAUUCCUAAAAUUGAUGCCUGUCUGGAGAAUCUGGGUAUACAACAGCAACAAUUGCAGUUACAGCAGCAGAAGCUCCUGCAGCAGCAACAGCUUCUUGAGCAUCAGCUACAGCAGCACCAUCAGCAAUCCUCUUUUGCACGUUACAAUUUAGCGAAUCAGGUCCAGCCAAUCCUAAUGAAAAAAGACCUUGUAGUCAGCCAGACAAGCAGUGCCCAGCCUGCAGUGACUGCUAGUGCCAUUCCUAGAGCACCCCCCCUGGCUCCACCAUCAGUGUCUGGGGCUCUUGCUUCUAAUGCUCCCCAUGAUAUAUAUGGUGGAGUUGCCUUAGAGCUAAAAAACAAGCCAACAGUAAUUAACUUGUCCACUGGUAAGCCCCAUGUCAUGAUGGUGCAACUUGAUGAAAAUAAACCAUUACAGGGGAGCACAGUGACUCAACUGGUUAAGCAAGAUGAGCCUCCUCCCCCUCCUCAUGUCUUGGAUUUCACUGGACAGAUCAAACCAGAAAACCAGCUGGCUUGUUGUGAUGUUGUUUACAAAUUGCCCUUUGCUGGUUCCUGUUCAGGUUCAUUCACUCAGCAGCCUGCAACAGUAUCCUCAGAUAAAAUCCCCACCACUGAAACCUCUCAAGAAGCCCACCCUCCCCAUCCACCACACUACAAUGUCAUCCAACAACAACAACAACAACAACAACAACAACAACAACAACAACACCAUCCCCAAGCUACACAAGGAGUAACAGGGGAACAUAAACCAUUUCAACCACCUGUAGUCCCCUCAGAAAGAAUUCAGCCCUCCAUGUCUGAUGCUCAUCUGCCCUCCAUGAUUGAUGCUGGUCACUAUCAGAGUAACAUUCAGGGGGGUCUGGCAGUAGAUCUUAGCGGCAUGAAUCAGGCUUAUGAUGGUGGAUACCUUGGCAUUGGAGCGCAAUAUGGAUCUUACACAGACUUGCGUCACCAAGAAGAUGUUACUGGUCCUUCAUUACCCCUUCGGCGAUAUGGCUCCAUGUCAAAUAUCAAUUCCGACUACGCCUACACUUCACAUGACCAAACCGGACCACGGGACUCCAAUCUGGCUCAGUAUAGUGCAACCACUGCCAGGGAGAUCAGUCGCAUGUGUGCAGCUCUAAACACUGGAGACCAGUAUGGGAACCGGUAUGGGAAUAACCCUGAAAUGGUACCAUAUGGGGCUGCAAGGAGUGGACCUUUAGCUAGGUUAAAUCUCCAGCAAAGCUUAGCAUCAAUAAGAGCAAACAUAUUGUAUGGCCCAGAUGGAAGACCAACAGCAAAUGGCCAAACACUAACAAAUCUAAUAAAUGCUAGACAAGCAAGUAUACGUGCCUUGUAUCCAGCUGCUAUUAGAGGAGGUGAUGGCAUGAUAUAUUCCACCAUUAACACUCCCAUAGCAUCUACCUUGCCAAUUACCACCCAGCCUUCCUCAGUCCUGCGUCCCAUACCCAAAGGAAUUUACAGACCAUAUCCCACAGGUGUAACUGCAGUACCAUUGGCUAGCCUUACCCGGUUGCCUCAAGUGACUCCCAGAAUGCCGAUGUCCACACAGGGACCAUAUUCCUACCCUAGUCCAAACCAGUAUCCUACUUCAGCCACACCAUCAGGAAGUGUGCCUGAAGCAAGCAGCUCUCACCAGGAAACUCCUGUGUACCUUGGAAAGCCUUUAACAACAGUUUCUGCUCAAACAGCUGCAAUCAUUCCACCCACCCAAGCUGCAGCACGCAUAGGAGCACACAAUGUGCCAGCAACUGGUCUGCAAACAAUGGCAGAUCGACAGACAGACCGCAUUCAACUUACUUCACGGAGUGUUUCGUCAUCCUCUCAAGCUCAAGGUCAACCUCCAACUGUCCAGCCAUUGCAGGUUCAAAUGCAGCCAGACCAGUUACCUGCUCAAACUGAACCAUUAUCUAUGACUCAAAUCCAACCUCAAGUUCAACCCAUCACUCAACCUCAACAAUUAGUUCUGCCACAGGGUCAGCCCCAAGUGACACCCCACGGCACUGCCCUAGCACAGAGUUCCACACUUUCUCCUCCCAUGGAUGCCCAGAAAACUAAGGAAGAUGAGAGACUGAGUCAGCAACAAGAGCAUGUGCUGCAUCUAGAGCGAGAGCGCGUAGAACUGGAGAAAUUACGUCAGCUGCGCCUACACGAGGAGCUUGAUAGGGAUCGUAUGGAGCUUCAACGUCACAGAGAAAAAGAACAACUAAUUGUUCAGCGUGAGAUUCAAGAUCUGCAGACAAUCAAGCAGCAAGUCCUACACCAACAGCAGGCAGAGCGGGAGACGCAGCUCAUUAUGCAAAGAGAACAACUGGCCCAGCAGAGAAUGCAGCUUGAACAAAUUCAGUCUCUGCAGCAGCAGCUCCAGCAGCAGUUGGAGGAGCAGAAAAGACAAAAGACAGCAGCUGUGGAGGCGGCAGCUGCUGUUGCAGCAGUGGAGGCAGCCACUGCAUCAGCAGUGGCUUCAGCAGCAGCCACAUCUGCCCAGAGUACUAUGCAAGGGCAAGUUGUUGGAGGAGGGCCCCCUCAGGGGUUCAUUAUUUGUGACCAGAGUGGGAGAGUUAUUCAACAAGAUCGACAGAGUGUUCAAUUUUGGCAGGAUGGACAGGUGGUCCAAGCCAUGGUGGCUGCUCGACCCAUCCAUAGUUCUGCCUCUGAAAUGUCUUUGAGAAGCAGUGACAAACAGGCUGAAUCCAAGACUAUGAAAAAGCAGAAUUCCAUGCCUCGUCUGAGGGAUGGUUCAGAAGAGGACUCUGGGAAAAGGAUUACAGACUGCUGUGUGCAAACAGAUGAUGAAGAUGGAGAAGACAGAUUUACGAACAGGCGUAGAAGAACAAGGCGUAUUGCAGACUGCAGUGUGCAGACUGAUGAGGAGGACCAGGGAGAAUGGGACCAGCAGCCAGUCAGGCGAAGGCGAUCACGUGUUUCCAAGCACUCUGCGUCCAGUGGGGAGGCUAAAUCAGAAGGGUCAUCUAAAGUGGCUUCUGCAAGUAUAGCUGUUCAGACCACAAAUGAUUCGUCAUGCCAAACAGAGCCCGACCAACUUAGCAGGAUUUCGCCUGCAAUCCACGUUACAAUGGCAGAGACCUCAAAGGUUGACAUGUUACAUUACAUAGCGGCCCCUGAAAGAACCCACAAAGGAGAGAGUCUGGCCUGUCAGACAGAACCAGACUCUCAGUCUCAGGGUGUGGUUGCCCCUCAGCUGAAUGUCCCUACAACUAUUAGCCCGUAUUCAACAAGUCUGCAUAUAGUAGGUGCGAACAUAUCUGAUCCAACGUCUCUUAGACACCAAGGAGUUGUUAAUUUUGAGAGGAGGAAACCAGAUCCCUUGGAAAUUGGCUAUCAACAAAAUGAGUCUCCAUCUCGGCAGCCCCCCAAAUCUCCCCAGGUGCUAUACUCCCCUGUAUCUCCAUUGUCUCCUCAUCGCAUGCUGGAGACAACAUUUGCCUCCCAGGAGAAACUUAACAAGGCCCAUGUUACACCCCAGCAGAAGGCCUUUACUGCUGAAUCGCCCCAACGUCACCAGAACCUACCAAGACCCAUAAAAAGUAUGCAGCGCUCCAUGUCGGACCCCAAGCCUCUAAGCCCCACAUCAGAGGACCCUGCCAAGAACAGGUUCUCCCCAUAUCACCAGCAAUCUGUGUCCAACAAUCAGCAGAUGGCCUCCCUGCAGCAGCAGCAGAACUCUCUGAUGAGGAAAAUAAAGAGGACUCUCCCUAGCCCCCCUCCAGAGGAGACUCCGCUCCCCAUUGUUACUCCAGCACAAAUGUACAGCUCCCCCGACAUGCCCCAACGGGUCCUGCCCAGACCUGCCCAGGGAGUCACCAAGGCUGGCCUACUGAGUGAACUGAAAGCUGUGGAACAAGAGUCGUCAAAGCUCCGUAAGCAGCAGACUGAGCUAGAGGAAGAAGAGAAAGAGAUUGACGCCAAGCUACGCUACUUGGAGCAAGGCAUCACCCAACGUAAGGAAACCAUGGUGAAGGAUAGGGAGAAGAGAGAUCUGGCUUACAUAAGAUGUAUGGGUGAUGCUCGUGACUACAUGUCGGACAGUGAGCUCAAUAACCUCAGGAUGGUAGCGGCAACAGGAACCUUUGACGGUAAUGGUCUGCUGACAAGGCCUAGCACUGCACCAUUGAGCCAAUUUACUAAUGACCUCAAUGCAACCUCCCAGUAUCCCUCAACCUCAUCCUAUAUGUCUUAUCCAUACCCUCAAAGUCAGCCAUCAACACAGCAGCCAGGCUCUGCUUACCAACAGAUAGGUUUCCAACCUCCACAAUACCCUUCAUCCUCUGCACCCCAGCCAGGAACAUUCCAGCCCCAUCCCCCAUCAGCCCCUGUCUACCAGAACCAGGGAACUUAUUCCAAUCGCAUGUAUGCCCAGCCCUCCUACCAAACAGACCUUGGCAUGCAGCAGCAUGGUCCUCAGGGCUUCCAUCCUUCUGUUCAGCCAAUGCCAAGCCAGAGCCUUCCUUACCCCAGCCACAGCUCCUACCAACCUAGUCUCUCCUACCAGCCACAGGCAGAGAUCCUUACAGUCCAUCAAAGACCACAUCAAACCUCUUUGGCUGACCUUGAGCAAAAGCUCCCCUCCAACUAUGAAGUCAUCAGUAACCCAGCAGUGUCAGUGGCCAUAUCAGCUCCUGAAACCAACUUUGGCUCAGUCUACAGCAAUUCAUAUGGCCAGUACCGCCCCCCGGAGCCCGGCCUGACUCACUCUGUGGACAGUCUCCCAUCUGCUUAUGCUCCUGAUGGACUCUACACCUCUAACCUGGAGCAGAAUGUUCCUAGGAACUAUGUCAUGAUUGAUGAUAUCAGUGAGUUGACAAAGGAUAACACUAGCCAGCCUUUGGAUGCUCUUGGCCAUCCUGUGGGAGGGCGGUAUCGCAAUGAGAAUGGCCCUGCACGUGGGAGUGCCUACAGUAGACCCGAAGAUGAGCCUGUAGAUGCUUAUGGCAGACCUAGUGGAACAACAGGGUACCAGAGUACAGUGGACAGUCGCACCAGCACCACAGUGAGUGGAGGCUCUUCCUAUUACUAUGAUGAUUAUAAACACACAUCACGGAGCAGCUCCGGUAGCCACAAACUUGCUCCCAAGAAUCUUGCCCCUGCUGUAGUCUCUUCUAAACGUAGUAAGCACAGGAAGCAGGGAAUGGAGCAGAAGAUUUCUAAAUUCUCCCCUAUUGAGGAAGCACGAGAUGUGGAGUCCGACCUUGCCUCUUACACAAUGACAACAUCAACAGGAGGCAGCUGUACAGUUGUGUCAAGAUCCAAGAAGCUUCAGGAUGAUGCCACAUAUGGGAUUAAGAAGAAUGCAUACGACCAGCAGAAAUAUUAUGGCACCAGUCGUGAUGGUCUUGAGGAGGAGGACCACAUGUACAGCUCUGGGAGGUCCAGGUCUACUGGAUAUGGUAUGGACAAGAUUUCCUCAAGAGAUGCCGCAGGACACAGAAGUAAAUCGUACGAGAGAGAUGCCAUGGAGCGGUCUCAGAGAAGCAACCGCAGUGGAAGGCCUCCAAUGCGCAGCCAGAAUUCAGAAGAGGAGAGUCCGAUUAGUCCUGUUGGGAAGCCUGUGGGUAUGGGAAGCGACUCUGGCAUUCCAGAAGCCCACGAUGUGAGGAACCAGUAUGGCUCCAGCCAUUCGUUGCCAGACGUGCAAGACCAUCAUAAGAAGGACCUGCCCAGGAGUCAAGUCUAUAAACCAGAUGACCCUUACCUCGUUGAUGACAUGCACUGUGCUGUUUCUGACAGUGAAGCCUAUCAUUUGGGCCAAGAGGAGACUGAUUGGUUUGAGAAGCCACGGGAAGCCCGUUCUGAUCGCUCAAGACAUCAUGGAGGUCACUCAUCCACAGGGAGGCGUAGUAAACACACCUACAAUGACUAUGACGAACCUCCAGAGGAAUACUGUCCCCAGGAUGAGUACAACCAACAACGCCAGCCCUCCUCAACAACAUCGCGGGAUCAGCGUCAUCACGGCGGAAGCACUGGCAGACACAGCUCUUCUCGCCACGCCUCAGAGGAUCCCAGGUCGACCCGUUCUUCCAGAACACACCCUAAAGACCCAUCUGUUCGCUCUGAUGGCAGAGGCUCCUCGUCGACACAAAGAAGGAAUGGUCCAGACUCCCGUUCCGCCCAGGAAAGCCCCCGAAACUCAGGCGACUUCUCUCGAGACUCAGCUUCUGCUUAUCAUCAUGGGACGGGUGGACGAAGCCAGAGACCCCAAGGAGAUCGCACAACAUCCAGGAGGCAGGAGCCCUCUGCAGCAGGGCCCAAACCACAGCAGCAGCAGCAGCAGCAGCAGCAGCAGCCCUCUCAGGGCCAUGUUGGGCAGCAGCGUUCAGGCGGUCAGGGCCAGUCUGGGAGACAUCCAGGCUCUGAACCACUUGAUGGUACCCAGCAGGCGCAACAGCAACAGCAGCAUCAGCUGAGUCCGCAGCAGCAGCUGCAGCAGCAGCCACCCCUGCAGCACAGCCAAAUCCCUCAAAGCAGCCAGCCUACAACAACCACAACAGGAGCUGGACCGACACCGCAGCAACCCAAAUCUGGUCACGCCCCACCACAGGGACGACAGCCAGGAGUAGACUCUGCAUCAGGGCAGCCAGCUACCACAGCAACAAAAAUGGAAGCUUCACCUGCAGCAGCAGCGACAGGAAUAAAACCUACAACAGGAGCCCCAACAGCACCUCAGCCUACUAAAAUAGCGACACCUCCUCUUAUAGGCAUUGGCUCCAAGGCCGCCCCUGUUGGGAUCGGUAGUAAACCCGUAGGUAUAGGCAGCGCCGCAGCAGGGCAGCCACCUGCUGAAGGGGAAAAUGUUCUCACUAAAAUCCUGCAAGGAGGGGCAGCAGAGCAAGCGGGGAAACUGGGCGAUGCUUUGUCUGGUUUUGGGAAGAAGUUCACUUCAUUAUGGUGAACUGGAGAGAGGAGGGGUAUGCAGAGUUGAAAUGAGAUGGAUUAGUAACUUUGUACUUGAAAAACCUAUGAAACUGCAAUAAAUUAAUUUCACUUAACAGAGGAAAUAGAGGAAGAGAGAUCAUAAGUGCAUCAAGCUGGAAUCAAAGGGUACCUUGUCAGCACUGAAUUCCCCAGACAUGGGUACACAACGGAAGUGAAUUCAUUAAGGGUGAUUGCUUCGUCAGCACAUUGUAACAAGACAUGAGCAGAGGCCUGAAAGUAAGUGGAUGCCUUGACAGAACUACAGUCCCAGAAUGAUGAUUGUGGAGACGUCUGAUGCCUCAUUGGACCAAUGGAGGACAUAACGGUCAUUAAUGAGGAUGUGGAGAAGAGGAGGAGAAAAGAAGAGGGGAUUUUAGAGUCCUGCUCCUCGUCCUUCUUGAGAAAGCUUCCUGGGAUCUGUGUGACAGUAAAAGACAUCUGAGAAUCCAAUGUGUUAGGCCGUCCAUGUCUGUGCUUUCCAACAGCUCAAUAAUGGAAGCCUCACAGCGCUCUCUAUAGGAAUCCUUAUGGAACACCACUCAUGUCUGAGGAGCGCACAUCUGGCAAGGAUAUUGAUUCUACAUUGAUGUCUUCACAAUCGUUUCAUGCAAAAUACAGUGAAAAAAAAAACAAGAUCGAUUUUCAUAGGUUUUCCAUGUAUCAAAGAUACUGAUAUUAGCUCACAGUGACACCACAAACCUGGAGUGAACAAGGUGUAUCACGGCCAUGACAACCAACCUGACAACUCCACGACGAUCCUUGAAUGCUUGGUUUCUCUGAUCUCUACAGUACAUUCCAGUAUAGGGAAUUUGACCCUUUAUUUGAAUGUGUUUUUAUUUCUCCUAUUUUUAUUUCGAUGUCUACAGAAUGCAUUGUAUAAAUGUGGACAUGAGAAUGCACACAAAUAUUUGAAAAACAGAAAAAAAGAACGCCCAUAUUAAUACUUUUUCACCACCUAUGAGAUGCCACUAGUCAUCAGCUGUAGGUUUUUAGGGAAGAGAAUUACUACCAGUGUGCCCACAAGUGUGAGAUUCACACAGAUGAGAGGACCAAAUGAAAGAGUGGCCACGGCUCUUAAUUAGCCAUUGCAAAGCCAUCGUUGUAGUCAGUCCCAGGCUAACUACAACGCUUUGAGGCUGACUAUAAAAAGGAUAACGCCUCAGAAAGGACUUUAUCCUUUUUAUUAAUUAGUCUCAUCUUUUAGUUUCUUUUCAUUUUUGCCUGAUACUCACGGAACGGAAGAGCCUUAUUCAGUACAUGAUUUUACUUGUAUACCUAAUAUGUUUUAAAUUGUCCAAGUUAUCAUAUUUUUUCUUUUUACACAACUGUAUACUAUUGUAUGUACAUAAACAAACCAGAGAUCUAAUUAUGUAAAUGUAUCAUUUGUGUAUUUAUGGAAUCACUCUCCAGUGACUUUUUGUUGUUCUGUGUUUUUCUUUGGUACAAAUUUCUAUUUUUAACUUUUUAUUUUUUUGAAUUUGUUUUCUUGCAUCAAAUAAUUUGCUUGUUGAUUUUUUAAAAGCAAUAGCAUGCAGAAAAUGGUAUAUAGCACAAUCGUAUUAAUGUUGUUUAAAUCAGUGAUGGGAAAUAUCAAACACAUGAAUAGCUCGUAAUAUAAUUUGUCAGAGGGUUUACAACCACAGUACCGUGUUCAUACGUGCAUGUUAUGUGCAGAUGCAUAAGAGCAUGCAGACAGGUACGGACACACUCACGCAGAGACUCUCUCUCUCUCUCUCUCUCUCUCUCUCUUGCAAACACAUAUGCACACAAACACAUAUCUUACACAUCACACACUUUGCACUCUUGUUACACUUCAGAGCCAAGGUUAAUUGUGUUCUCCACCCAAUAGAGAUGUUAACCUGCUGAUUAAUGAGGUUACCAAUUCACCAACAAGAUGACCUCACUAACAAGCUGGGCUCACUGCCUCUAUUUGUGCAAAGACACAUAUACACGUACAUAUAUAGGAUCAGAUGAAAGCAAUUAUCAAUUCAAAUGUUCUAUGCAAUGACUCAUUUUGAACCUGGAAGUGAUUCUGCCUAAAACAGUUUAUUAUCAUCACUGUAUUCACAAGAAAACAACAGAAUUCUGAACUAAGAUAGUGAACAAAAAAAGGUCAUGAAAAUGUUUUUACUUAGCAACUUGUCUGUACGAAUUUGAAUAUUGAAUAUUGAACUCGAAUUGUUUUUUAUUUCCGUGGCAUGUUUUGACCCCUCACUCCCCACACGGGGACUUGUUGCCAAAGGGUAAUCUGUGUAGACUGUCGGUUUUGAAUGUCAACCAUCAUGUUGCUUUGAAGCAUGGGUUUGCUUGGCUUUGUCUGGCUGUUUGUAAGCCUUCAUUCAGUUUGUGUGCGUUUUGGCUGACCUGGGCUCCUCAGUGUUUGGCUUGCAGUGACUGUGCGUGCUGCUAUAAACCUGUGAUACAGAUGGUCAGCACUUUUCAUUAAUACUUGUCAAUGUACAUAUUGGGUGUCAGUAUAACCUGUGGGGUGAAUGGAAUGCUUCUAUCGGAUAAUUCAUUGUUGAUUAAACCACUCAGCAGCAAAGACAUUGGAAGGGUGCAUGAUUAGAUCUUAUCUUCUUGGAAGUUGUACCUGAGUAAAAAAAGGCAACGGCAUGAUUUCCCCGAGGUUUGCCUCACGAACCUCAGCUUUCACAGGCCAAUGUAGAGAAUAUUGAAGAGUGAAAUGUCCAGCCAGUCAUUCACAAAUCAGGGCAUGUCAUUUUGAAAGCACAAGCGUGGCAGCACUUGCUGCACGAUGAAACGCAUAAACACGGAGGUUGCGUCACAGUGCCUCCCACUAAACAGAGUGAGAUCUACAUCAAAGUGAGUUGGAAAUGUUUUCUGGUCAAGAUGAAGUGCACGAGACAAAACAGCCUUCGAUGCAGCUGUCCAUUUGACAGAAAGGCAGAGAGGAACACACUCUCACAUCCAAAUGUAAAUACUAAUUCAUUCUUCUGUACAGCUUUUGAGUUCUGAGUACGGCCGUCAUGUGCAUCCCCAUGCCGUAUUUGCUGCCAACUUUUGUGUAUAAAAAGAAUAUUUACUACCACAAUAAUGAGGAUGAGGAUUGUUAUUAUUACAUAAGCAUAAUGUAUGUGGCUGACUUGUAUUGACUGUUUACAACAGUGGAACAAACUUGUAUUCACAUAUCCAGUGUGUGUAUAGUUUCUAUACAUAGUGUGCUUGUAAAACAAGAAGAAAGAACCUCCUCAGCAACUGCAGAGUUCAAGCCUUUGUCAGACUAUCGGGAGGUCUUUGAUUUGAUGGAUAUGAUCUGCAAGGUGGUGAGGUAAAGGGAAGCAAAAAAAUGAAACAAAAAAUCUGGAAAAUGUCAUUCACUGUUGUAAGUGCAAUGGGCAAAACGUCAGUCGUGUAUCCAUUGUGAAAUCUUGUGUUCUAUUCAGUGUAUUCCUGUAAACAGAGUAAAUUUUGGUGCAUCAUGUCAAGUAAUGUGAUUAAUGAAAAUAUUGACCCUGCAAUUUCCAAAACAGAGAGAAUAAAAAGAAAAGUAAUAUUU